AUGAGACCAGUACUCUACCCAGCAGCCGAAGAGCUAAUACGAAACAAAAAACAAUUGAAACUCAAAGAAGGAGUGCAAGAACAAAGAAAUACGGGUGAUCCAGCACGAAGAAGAGGUCAAAAAAGAAAAGACACAUUCGAAGAAAAGAGAGCUAAAGCGGACGCAAGAAAACGAAGAAAGGAAUCAGAGGCGGGGCCUUCAUCAAGAGCUAAUACCGUGUGUACAUUUUGCGGGCAGUCAGGGAAUACACGCGCUACUUCGCGAGAUUGUACCAAUCACGAAUUCAGCAUCAAAGAGCUUUUAGAAAGAGCAUUUCCUAACUACCAUCAAAGAUACACAACUUCUUUAACUCUCAAGUCGUUCCUGAGGCAUAAACAAGAAGACCCCAAUAGACUAGAGCGUUACCAGAACAUAAUCGUUAGACAGUCUACUUUCCUUCGUGCUGUCAUCUAUCGGGCACAAAUGUUUGUCAAUUACUACUUAUUAGUACACUCAAAUAGUGUGGAACAUAUAUUCAAAUAUAUCUUUAAUCAACUCUUUUGCAACAUCAAUAUUCACCAACUCCAAGACUAUUAUCCAUCACUUCUCUACCUCGAGGCAAUUUCCAACCGUUUACAAGAUCUGGAAAAUGUUAAUAUGCUUUUACAAAAAGGUGACUUGGUGGGCUAUGACCAAAUAGUAUCGUCUGCAUGUGAAAGUUUAGUAACUGCCUACAGUAAUUUCUAUGUUGAAAAUUAUGAAACUUAUGUUGGAAAAUCAGAUAUCCUAUCUAAUUUGCCUGAAGACUUUUUGACUCAAAAAGAACUUGAUAACGCACCAGGCCUUCAACAGUUCUUGAACACCGAAAUCCAGCCCAUUAAAAAUAGAAUACCUUACUUACCCUGUUCAAGGGAGGCAGUGACCACUAACCCGUUGUCAGCUUUGAAUGUGAUGAAACAUAUACUGCAAUACUAUGAACAACUACAAAAGACACUGUCAGAAGAGCAACGAACUCGCUUGUUUUCGCUUUUCCCGAACCCGAGUUCCAAAUGGCGCUUCAUUAAAAUUGACCGCGAAAAUGUUGAUGUUCUUUUUCACGAAGCCAAAAUCCCAAAAGAGAAUAACGAGAGUCAAUUUUCACUUGCUGCACGACGCUUUUUUGAUUUAUUUGAUUUUACGAAAUCGAAGAUCCACAGUUUAUAUACGGAUGGCUAUACCUGUCGUGUCAAUUUCGCGAGAAAUAUACCUCAAGUUCCAAACGAAGAUAAAAUUGUGUUAGAGCUUAGUGACUUUAACCAGGGCGAAAUCGAUGAACACUUCAAUCCUUGUUUCUUGGACCCCAAUAGAAACAGUCCCUAUGUCGCCUAUUAUGGAUCACCUAACCGAUCAGAAAAAGAAGAUCAGUUGAAGACAAUACAAGGGCUAAAGGAUCUGGAGACAAGAAUCCCCAUCCCAAAAACAUCAAGCGUGGAUAACUAUGAGAUACAUUGGUGGCAAAAAGUACAAUCCAGCAAAAAGGAAAAGAACAAAGUCCAACUGGCGAAAAAGAAAGAAAAUGCUCAACAGGCGAAAUCCAAGGAUUCCCCACCUCCCAGCUGA